AUGGUUGACAACCGUUUCGCCACCGCUUUGGUCAUCGCCUGUGUGCUCAGCCUCCUGGCCACCGUGUAUCUGUCUGUGGCCAUCGGGACCCAGCACUGGUACCAGUACAGCAGCCCCACGGUGCGCGGCGAAGCAAACGCAUCUGACCUGCGCUCUCUCUACGAAGAGUUCAUGGAUGGAGAGUUUGACGAGAAAACGUACAGUGACACGCUUUUCCGCCUGAACGGAACAGUGGGCCUCUGGUGGCGGUGCGUUUUGGUGCCAGCCAACGCUCAGUGGUACAAGGAUCCAGAUACCAAGUUUGUCCUGGAGUGCCGAAGCUUCACUCUCUCUCAGCAGUUUAUACCCAAGUACAAAGAACCAGGCAAUCACAACAGUGGAGAAGACCUGCUGCGUACCUACCUGUGGAGGUGCCAGUUCCUGCUUCCUCUGGUGUCUCUGGGUCUGAUAGUGUUGGCAGCGCUCAUUGGGUUCUGUGCUUGUCUGUGCCGAAGCCUCACCCCAACCCUGGCCAUAGGAGUAUUUCACUUAAUUGCCGGUCUGUGUACUUUGGCCACAGUGUGCUGCUAUCUGGCUGGAAUGGAUCUACUUCACCGUGUAUCAAUGCUUCCAGAUAAGGUGGAUGGGGCCUUAGGUUGGUCCUUGUAUUUGGCCCUGAUUUCCUCCCCUCUCCACAUGAUGUCUGCUGCUCUGCUGGUGUGGGCUGCGCGAAGCCACAGUCAAAACUACUACCGGAUGACUGCCUACAGGGUUGCAUAG